ACCAGCAGUCACAGAUCAACCGGGGAGGAAGCCCAAACAUACCAUCUUGUGGCUCCUCAGAGCUGCAACCCAAGCUCCAGUAGCCAGAGGCGAUUGAGCCGCCCAAGCCCAGGAGACUACCUCACACCGCUACCAUCACUAGAACUAUCACCACCACCUAUCUGUCUCUAGUAACCAAGUGAGCCUUGUCAUCCGUGAGUAACCGGGGCUCCUUGGCGCCUCCUCCUGCCUCCACCUCCUCUCUCCUCACCAUCUACCAUCUACCAUCGAUCCAACAGAGCACCAAUGGAAACUUUCACCACCAAACACAGACCCAUCAAAGGCAUCUUGAAAAAGAGCAGCCCUGGGAGUCCUAUCUUGUCAACUAUGGGAACGGGUGCCGGCGCCGUGAGAGGUGAGGAGUUCAGUAAGAAAUCCCAGAAGUGGGAAGAAUUGGACAUCUUAGCAACAUACCACCAUAAAGAUAAGAACUAUGAACCCAUGAACAUCGAAGAGCAAAACCCAUCGAGCCACGGCGACCCGGAAGACUCCGAAGAAGAAGACGACGACGACUACGACGACAUCAGGUACUCGGCCAUCCCACACGCCAUCACCCCAGAGCUGCUGAGCCAGAGGCUAGAGAAUGACCAGGACAUAGAGUACAUGCUUCUGUUCAGGGAGAGUGAGAGCAGUGAGGAUGAGGAAGACCACAAGAGGCGGUUCGAGCUCAAAAGGAAGCUCCACUACCGAGAGGGGCUGAACAUCAAGUUUGCUCAGCAGCUGGCUAUGAAAGAGGACGAUUCACAAGACCAGGAGAUGACUGACCUUUCUGAGGUAGACAACAUGGCAAUGGAGGCGUGGCACACCACAGCGCCCAACGAGAGCAUCCAAGACUCUGAGAUGAAUUCUGAUCUGUGAAUUGAGUUGUUUUGCCCCACCUGAAAACCAUGAUAAACGAGCUCAUGUUCUCUGCA